AGUUAGUUCGUCGAGCUGCACUGAGAGGUGAUUGUCUGGCGGUUUUCCACGAGGCGACAGCUCACGGUCUUCUACAGCUCAACCAACUGCAGCCUUUUAAAGAAACCAGCACUGCACUGAUCAGCUUUUGUGAUCCGUGAGGAAAGUGGGAGCAGCAGCAGCAGCAGCAGCAGGAGGAGGAGGAGGAGGAGGAGGAGGAGGUGGAGGUGGAGAAGAGGGAGGCGUGAAGAGGAGGAAGGGAGAUGAUGAUGAUGAUGAAGACCUCUUCGCCGUCAACAGCAGUUUCCUACACCGUUAUGUGGACCUUGGUGAUUCUCCUCCCACUCUUGGCAGACUAUGCCGCGGCCACAACAGAGAGUCAUCGCCAGAAGAAGAUUCGCGAGACGCAUCUGACCGGCCAUCAUGGCACUCCCCUUCAGAGGGUCCGGGGAAGGGCUCUCGACUCCAACGACAACAACACCUACAGUGAGGCGGAUGAUGACGGCAAUCACACGACGGACAGUGACACGGAUGCAACAAGUGAUGAUGAUGAUGGCGAUGAUGGUGAUGGUGAUGGUGAUGGUGAUGGUGACGGGACUCCAGGAAGCACGCCACCAGCUGGACCCGAAAGCUCAUCUCUGCCAACCCCAGUUGACCCGGAAGCGCCCGGAGCUCCAUGAAAAAUUGCAUUUUUAAAAUUUUAUUUUAAUAACCACCAGUACUUCCAAGGCCAUUUCCUCUAGCCCGGCAAAAAAAGCAAAACAGUGCUGGCCUCCUUUUGGCUGGCGCCGCCAGCCAUUUUGCUCCAGAGGCUGAGGCCCGAAAGUUGCGGCAGCAUGCAUGCCACAACUUUGAAAAAAUGGCUGAGAAAUGUACUGGUGGCCCAGAGGUGGCUCUCUUCUGGGAGGAAAGGUGGUCCCCACGGUGACCUCCUUCCCCCCAAAAUGAGGGCUCACCCCAGUAGUAAAUGACUAUAGCAGGC